AUGGGGUGUGGAGCAUCCAGAAGUUUGAGCUAUGAAGCCGACGCAGAGCAGCUGUGGGAGAAAGUCACACGCACCAUUGACGUCAAAAAACGUAGUGGUAAAGACCAGAAUCUGGUUGAGAGAAGAACCGGUUGGAAAAUUAUUAGGAUUUUUGUUUCUUCAACUUUUAAAGAUUUCCAUGCAGAGAGAGAAGCCCUGAUUAAACAGGUUUUCCCUGACCUGAGACAGUGGUGUGAAAAACGCAGAUUAAAACUUGUUGAGUGUGAUCUAAGAUGGGGUGAUCGUUUCUUCAAGUAUAAAUGUCACUAUAAUGGAGUGGACGAGGAAACAAAAAAAGCAAAAAUGAAAGGACUUGAUGGGACAUUCACCAGCAAGCUUGCAGACUAUGUAGUUGGUAUAGCCAUAGAUGUGCCUCUGAUUCUGCUCGGUGGGCCUGGUAUGGGAAAGUCUUCUAUCAUUGCGAAAGCUGCAGAGACUGCUGUUAACGAAUCAGAAAACAACAAAAUUCCAGGAGGUGGUGAGAAUGGUUGGUAUGUAUUCUUUCAUUUUGUUGGUGCAAUCCCCGGCUCCACAGACUUGGAAAAGACGUUAAAAAGAUUUCUGAGAGAGAUGAAAAUUUGCACUGAUGCCAAUAUGCCUAAAGACUAUGAGACAGCAUCACAGCUAACUAGUAGUGUAUUAUCUAAUCCUAAUACCAGACCUGUCAUUAUAAUUAUAGAUGCGGUGAAUCAGUUUGAUGAAGAAAAACAGUCAAAUAUUUUAAGCUGGCUUCCACGAAAAUUGGCUCCACAAGUCAGGGUGAUUUUGUCUAUGAUUAAUGAGACUGCCCCUCACAAUAUAUUGAAAGAAAGACCUAAACUGCCGAUAGAAAUAGAAGUCACUCCCCUGGACAUCAAUUCCAGAAAGGAAAUAGUUACUGAGAUACUGGAUCGAUCUCACAAGAGAUUAGACAAAGAACAAAUGCAGUUUAUUAAUGGCAAAAGAAUCAUCCCAGAAUCCUUUGUGGUUGUCCAUAGCAUGUGAAGAAUUGCGAGUGCAUGGAGAAUACGAAACAGUCAGCACGAAAAUAAAUGAACUAGCAGAUGGAUUAUUAGAACUUAUUGCUCAAGUUCUGAACAGAUUUGAAAAUGAGAAUGGUGGCAAUUUACUGGUAGCAACGCUGUGUCUAUUAGAAGCAUCAGCUAGUGGGCUCCUAGAAACAGAGCUUUUGACCAUAUUAGGAGAUGAGGAGAGUCUCAACAUACCUGAUAGUUAUGAUGCAACAGCGAGUGGUGGCAACAAGGGUGAUUCAAGAGAUAGACUUUCCAUGCAGCUGAGUGCUGCAAAAUGGGCUGCAGUGUACCGGGCAUUACGGCCAUUCCUCCGUCCAUUUGGUGAUAGCGGUGAAGGAAGGCUUGAUUUCUAUCAUAGAUCACUUAGUAAAGCU